CUGACAUUGCCCCAGCCACCAGGCUCAUUGGACCCAUCACUCAGCCAUCUGAAAGAGGCUUGGCCAGAAGGACUAGCCACAACCUCUGAUCUGAGAAGAACCUAGUAAGGACCAUGUUUCUGAGGCCCCCACUUGCUUUCUUCCUACUGUGUGUGAUAACAACCUCCUGUUCCGAACCCCAAAACUGUGAAGACAUCCAAAAGACCUAUCCAGUGAUUGCCUGCAGCACUCCAGGCCGAGAUGGGCGUGAUGGACUUAAGGGAGAAAAGGGAGAGCCAGGGCAAGGGCUCAGAGGUCUGCAGGGCCCUCCUGGGAAACUGGGGCCCCAAGGAGUAAAAGGGGAUACCGGGAAUCCAGGACCCAAGGGUAAUAAAGGAGAUCGAGGAGAUUGUUCAGCUAUGGAAACUAAGUUGGCUCUUGUAGAGCAAGAAAUGAAGAGCCUAAAAUCAGAACUGGUAAAAGUCAAAAGAGUGCAAAGCUUCUCAUUGGGCAAUCAACCUGGGAAGAAGUGGUAUGUGGUCUCCAAGGAAAAAAUGCCUUUCUCCCAAGUGAAGGCUCUAUGUGAUCAGCUCCAAGCCACUGUGGCCAGCCCCAAGAAUGAUGACGAGAACAGAGCUAUUCAGAAUGUGAUCAAUGAUGUUGCCUACCUGGGCAUUACAGAUGAAAAAACAGAAGGCCAGUUUAUGUACAUAACAGGAGGAAGCCUCACCUACAGCAAUUGGAAGAAGAAUGAGCCAAAUGACUAUGGAUCGAAUGAGGAUUGUACGGUGAUCUUAACUGAAGGCAACUGGAACGAUGUCAGCUGCUCAGUCCCCUACAAGGCUGUCUGUGAAUUCCCAGCCUGAAGAGACGCUUUCUCCCUGCUGAAUUCUCUGUCUCUCCAAAAGAAAAUUUGAUGCUUGUUUUACCUA